AUGAAAUGGUCAAGUAUAGGAUUUUGUAUAUUUUUAAAGAUACAAAUGAUAUCUUCAAGCUAUAGCAAUGAACAAUCCUUAAGUACAUAUUUUGAUUAUCAAAAAUUUUUGACUAGCGAAUAUUUACAUAUUAAUAUGCCAUACUGUAAAGAUUGUUUGACGAAGUAUAAUCGUGCGAAUAAGACAGAGAGAGAGAUGUUACGAUGUGAUUGUAAAAUUCCUUAUCCAGCACACAAAUUUGUUUACAGUCCUGCACACCCUUCAGUUUAUAAACCCAUACUAAAUGAUGGAAACAGUCCACCUUUAAAUUUGACAAUUACACGUAAUACAAUACUCCCUAUAUUCAUUAGUAAUAAAGUUGUACUAGGAACAUUGGUAUACCACUUUAAUAUUCUCGUUACUAACACAAAGAUAAAGUUUGACAAUCUCAAAAGAAAAUAA